GGCGCCCCCUAUCAUUAAAACAUGUCGCCUGGAUUUGUGUCGGCUAAUCUUCAAGACAGCUAGAGAUGUAGGUCACACUCAGUUAGAUGAGAUGUCUUGAUGAUGUUGUUCUACACACUGUAAUAAACAGUUUAACACUGUUUCCAUACACAAUGUACAUAUAGAUCCAGGCUGUUGUUUAUUUUAUUCAAUUAUUAUCCAUUAUAAAUAUUGUAAGUGAAGAACUAUAUCAAAAACUUACCAAACAUGGUUGACCAUCAUGAUUUAGUGGCAGAAAUGCCAUCUGUGGAGCGGAUGAGCACACAAGAUCGAUUAAAACAUGCCAAAAAACGUAGGAUUCAACAGUUAAAGAAAUUCUCCCAGUAUGAAAAACAGUUGGAAAAAGAAUCGUCUAAAAAAAGAAAAAGUGGAAACACGCCUAUAGACCAUAAAAUACAUGGACAUAAGAGAAAUGUGAUAUUUGUUCCUAAUAUAUCUUUAUUAGAAGCUGCUGCUAGAAAAGAUGUAGAUGAAGUGGGUCAACUAUUGGCAAGAGGUGUAAAUCCUGAUUUGACCAAUGAUGAUGGUUUAACAGCCCUUCAUCAGUGUUGUAUAGAUGAUAGUGAACAAAUGUUGGUAUUAUUAUUAGAAUAUGGAGCCAAUGUUAAUGCACAAGAUAGUGAACAAUGGACACCAUUACAUGCAGCAGCUACAUGUGGACAUGCUCAUUUAUGUAAACAUCUUGUAGAUAGGGGUGCUGAUUUAUUAGCAGUGAAUGCUGAUGGUAAUAUGCCCUAUGAUAUAUGUGAGGAUGAAAGAACGUUGGAUUAUAUUGAAACGGAAAUGGCAAAGAGAGGUAUAACACAAGAAGAAAUAGAUGAUAAAAGAUUAGCAUCAGAAAAAUAUAUUUUGGAAGAUUUGGAAAAAAAGGCUGAUACAAAGAAAGGAUUAGAGUUUAGAGAUCAUAUAGGUGCCACACCUCUUCAUAUUGCAGCAGCUAAUGGUUAUUUAAAAGUUGCUGAAUAUUUAUUAGACAAUCAUGUUGCUGUUAAUGUUAAAGAUUAUGAUUCCUGGCAACCUAUACAUGCUGCUGCUUACUGGGGACAUACCAUUCAAUACAUAAAGCCUAUGAAAAUAAAAGGAAUUUUUGAGGUACAAUGUGAAGCUUGA